GUACGUUAAUAAUGAAAUCGCGAUCGACUAGUCGUGUCUGUACUCAGCAUCAAUGGACGCCUUUGACUUGUUUAGAAAGCUUGGGUCUGGAGCAAAGUUUGAUUUAAAAAGGUUUGCAAAAGAUGCAGAGCGAUUUAAGGUAGGAAAAUCUCAGAGCAAGGACAGCUCAGAUCAGCUGUCCGGAAUUAGAUAUUUUGGCAGAGAAACACAAGAGGACACAUCUCUGGAUUCCAGACCAAAUGAAGAUGAUGCUGAAGAAGGAGAAGCAAGUGAUGAGGAGCAGAAACAGGCUACAGAGUCAGUGAAAGCCGCUCGAAAGAAAAAGAAAGGAGCCAAGAGAAAAUCUGAAGAUGCAGAACCUGAGACAAGAGAGGGAGAAGGGAUCCAAUGGAUGUCUUUGCAAAACAAGACGAAAGAGGCGAAGCAAGAGUCGAAAGACAAGCCUUCUUUAAAAAGGUUAAAGCAGCUUCAUAAUGAGAAGGUGAAUCGAAUACGGCAUCAGAACCGAAUUAAUGUGCACGGGACGGACAUCCCAGAUCCCGUUACCACUUUUGAGGAACUGCAGAAGGAGUAUGACCUGGACCCACGAAUCAUACACAACAUCCAGGCUGCGGGUUUCCAUACCCCAACACCCAUUCAGAUGCAGGCCGUCCCUCUCAUGAUGCAUAAAAGAGAGAUCCUGGCGUGUGCUCCUACAGGCUCCGGGAAGACCAUGGCCUUCUGUCUGCCGCUGCUUGCCCAUCUUCGUCAGCCCCUCAAUAAAGGUUUCAGAGCCCUCAUCAUCUCCCCCACCAGAGAGCUCGCCACACAGACCCACAGAGAGCUGCUUAAGCUGUCAGAAGGAGUGGGUUUCAGAGUUCACAUGAUCAAUAAAGGAGUUGAAGCUGUGAAAAAAUAUGGGCCCAAGUCUGCAAAGAAAUUUGAUAUACUGGUGACGACUCCUAACAGAUUGAUAUAUUUACUUAAUCAAGACACUCCUGCUAUCAACUUAAGUAGUGUGGAGUGGCUGGUGGUGGAUGAGUCUGAUAAGCUGUUUGAGGACGGUAAGACUGGUUUCAGAGAGCAGCUUGCCACUAUCUUCCUGGCCUGCUCUUCUCCCAAUGUCCGCAGGGUUCUCUUCAGUGCCACGUUUGCAACAGAUGUCGAGCGAUGGUGCAAACUGAACCUGGACAACCUUGUCAGUGUCAGCAUUGGAGCCAGGAACUCUGCAGCUGAAACUGUGGAGCAGCAGCUGCUGUUUGUGGGUUCAGAAAAUGGAAAAAUCCUCGCCAUGAGAAACCUCAUAAAGCAGGGGUUUCUACCGCCCGUGUUGGUGUUUGUUCAGUCGAUUGAUCGAGCCAGAGAGCUGUACCAUGAGCUGGUGUAUGAGGGCAUAAAUGUGGAUGUGAUCCAUGCAGAUCGUACACAACAACAGAGGGAUAAUGUGGUGAGCAGUUUCCGCUCAGGAAAGAUCUGGGUGUUGAUCUGCACUGCUCUUCUGGCUCGAGGCAUCGACUUCAAGGGCAUCAAUCUGGUUAUCAACUAUGACUUUCCUACUUCAGCUGUGGAGUACAUCCAUCGCAUCGGCCGAACAGGAAGAGCAGGACACAAAGGGAAGGCCGUAACUUUCUUCACUGAGGACGACAAACCUCUCCUGCGCAGCAUUGCUACGGUCAUAAAGAAGGCUGGAUGUCCUGUUCCCGACUACAUGAUUGGGUUCAAGAAAAUUAAAAGCAAAUUGAAACACCAGCUUGUGACAAAACCACCCAGACGGGCCGCUAUUCGCACGACUCCACGCAUGCUUUUUGACAGGAAGCUUGGCAAGGGAAAAAGGAAAAAGAGAAAAGCCACUGCAAAAGAAGCAAAAGGCGAAGCACCAGAAGUCAUUUCUAACUGCUGAAUUUGGCACACUGUUUCACAGCUCAUUUUUCUAAUCCAAAUUAUUGCCUUUUAAUAAACUGAAUGUUAAUCUGUGG